AUGUACGCGGGCAGCUCUCAGUCAUGUAUAUUCUGUGGGGCUUAUUCCACAAACCGCAGUGGAUUUGAUAUCAUAUGGGAGGAUGAGGAAUUCGUUGCCUUUCGGGACAUUCAUCCAUCGGCACGACACCAUUUUCAACUCAUCCCCAAGACCCACAUCAAAAGUAUCAGGCAGCUUUCCAAGAAGGAUGUGAAUAUGCUCCGGAGAGUGGAGGAAAUAGGACAUUCCAUUCUCGAUACGUUCAAUGUACCUGUUCCAGAACGGAAGAUGGGCUUCCAUAUACCCCCGUUCAACUCAGUACUCCACCUGCACCUACAUGUACAGGCUUUACCGUACAAAUCGCUGGUACAUCGACUCAAGUACCCGUUCGUCCAAGGCUUUGGCAACUAUGAUAAGGGAUUCAGUUGGUUUGUUGAGAUCGGUCAAGCAAUACGGAUUUUGGAAAAAGGUCGUCAUGUCGCCAUCGCGCCGUGCUGA